AUGACCAACUUAGCUUCAGAAAACAUUGGUUCUCCUCUGAGAUAUGGCUAUGCAACUGUUGUACCUGUUAUUUGUGCAAGUAUUGGUUAUUACAAGAAGUCCUUGGAUUUUUCUGGCUAUUUAGCAGCACUUGUUAUUGGCUUUCUGCUAGCAAUUAGCAAUUACUGCUUUUCAACAUCUCUGAUAGUUUUCUUCUUCACGGCAUCUUCUGUGACAAAGUUCCGCAGUCACAAGAAACGGCAAUUGGAAGAAAAUUUUAAAGAAGGUGGACAGAGAAAUUGGGUUCAGGUGUUAUGCAACGGUGUUGUUGCAGCUGCAAUAGCCUUGAUCUAUAUAAUUGAUAUUGGAUUAAAAGAAACCCCUGUGAAUUUUAUCUCCUCCUACAAUGCUUCUUGGCUCUCAAUGUCUGUCCUAGGGGCUCUGGCUUGCUCAUGUGGUGACACAUUUGCCUCAGAGCUGGGACCAGUCUUGUGCUGUGGGGAGCCAAGACUUAUAACCAACUUUAGAAAAGUCAUAAAAGGUACAAAUGGUGGUGUUUCUUUAGCAGGCCUGCUUGCCAGUGUUCUUGGUGGCCUUAUUGUGGGUGUCACUUAUUACCUGACAUUAUUAUUUUCAUUAAACCAAAGACUCUUAUAUAAAAGUCCUCCACAGUGGCCAAUCGUUUUACAAGGAAUUUGGGGCGGAUUGGUUGGUUCUUUAAUCGACUCUUUCCUUGGUGCUACUGUACAAUUUUCAGGUUAUGACACUGAACGACGUGUGAUUGUUGAACAGCCUGGUCCCUUCGUGAAACACAUUAGUGGACGGCCUUGGCUCAGUAAUCAUUCUGUCAACUUAGUUUCAGGAUUCGUUACUGCCAUGUUGUCACCUUCUGUUGCUUAUUACAUAUGGCCGUUUUUCAGUUAG